AUGCGGCGGCUCGUUCUUAAUGCUGUCUUUCUUUUAUGUUUCCUUUCUUGUGCUGUCGUCAAAGGAGAAAUCGUCAAGGACAACGACCCGGGGAUGGUGUACAGCGGAUUCUGGCUAGCAGACGGCUCGCCAAACGCACUUGGGAACCACGAGACAUGGACGAACCAGUCGGGGGCGAGCGUAUACUAUGACUUCACCGGGACGCAGGUGAAGGUUUACGCGACUAGGCGUCCAGUUGGCACGUAUAUGACCCUCGUCUCCUUCACGAUCGAUGACGACCAGCCGAUGAUGUGGGAUACGACGGAUCCGGUGGAGCAAGAGACGUUCAACACAUUGGUCUACACCUCGAACACGCUCCCGGCGGGCCAGCAUCGCAUCGAGAUGCAGAACCUCGGCUCAAUCUUCUGGUUGGUAUAUCUCGACGUUACAACUUCCGAUAUUACGCCACUGCCUAUAAACCCGCCAUCGUCCAGCACCACGACUACGAGCAGCAGCACUACGAGCCAAAGUACGACAUCGACAUCGACCUCGACCGCGAUACCAACGAAGCCGGCGUCUGUGUCCUCCACGUCCUCACAGUCCCUUUCCUCUCCCACCUUUCCAUCAUCGGUCUCUUCAACGAUGUCUGCUUCUCCCACCUCAUCCGAUUCUUCCCAAGUCACAAUAGCUGAAGGGUCUACCGAUGGUACUUCGCAGAGUCCUUCUUCGCCUACAGUCACCGCCCAGUCAAAUGUGAAUACUUCCCCUCCCACAAGAUUAGCUUCUCGUACACCCUUAAUUGUUGGCAUUGUCGCUGGACUCCUGGGCGUAAUAUCGCUCCUUGCUGCCUUCUUCCUGUACUACCGCAUGCGACGCACGAAGGCACACCCCUCCGAUCGUCUCGAAUCACCGCCCCCUGAACCUGAACGCAAGCCUUCAUCUGCAGAGGCGUCUUUCGGUAAGUCCUCGUACUCGUCAUUCCACCAGCGUAUCUCACGCGCUUGUCAAGCUGCAGACGCGCACGGAUCGCUUCACGCGAGCGUCCAUGUGCAGCCUCCGACGAAAGACGCGCCCCCGCUCGCCCCGCCCGCGCGUCCGUACGACACGCGCGCGUCCUCCCCCUCCGAGUCAGACCACGGUCCCCACUACCCAUCCGGCACGAGCUCGAACGUCUCGCGGACGCAGUACCUGAGCUACGCUCCCGUCGCCACUAGCGCCCCUCCGCCGUCGCCGCACGCACGCCCGCUGCCGUCCCGUCCCUCGCCCGUGCCCGACGUGCCGCCGCCGCCGUUCUCGCCCACGACACCUCUCGGGAACGCGCGCCCGUUCGGUGGCGUCUCUGCCUACACCACGGUGGACGACAAGAGCGCGUACAUGGUGCGUCGGGCGCGCGACGGGGGCGUGCGCGUCGCGGGAGGCACUCCGGACGGGUCCGAGAGCGGGUGGGUGUCAUCCGAGUGGGACGACGCGGCGGGCGGGCGCGAAGCCGAGAACGAAACGCUGCCGCCGCGAUACCGAAGAUACGAAGAAAUCGCGGAGACGUGUGGUGGGCAGUCGUAG